AUGUCAGUACAUAUUUCUAAAGGUGGUUGUCAAUGUGGUGAGAUUAAAAUUAGCCUUAAAGGUGAGCCAGUUAAAUCUUUCAUUUGCUAUUGUAUUGAUUGCCGUAAAGGCUCAGGCCAUUUAGGUCAAAUAUUAUCAUAUUACGACACGAAGAAUAUUGAAAUCACGGAUAGUAAAUCAUAUUUGAGGGAGUUUAUCGUAGGUAAUACGAAAUCUGGCGUCCCAAAGAAAAAGGAAUUUUGCGGCAAUUGCGGUUCAACUAUCCGCACGCUUCCCAUGAAAUACAAUGGUGAGGUUUCGAUGGUUAGACCAACCCUACUAGACGAGAACUUUACAAUGUGUGUACCCAAAAUUGCAAUAUUUGGGGAAUCGAAGACUGAAUAUGUUGAAGGACUUCAAAAUGAUUUUUUUUAA